ACAUUAAUGCAUUUUAAUUCAUUUAUAAACCUGGACUUUAACAGCUCAUAGCCUGUGGUUGUAAUUAUCAUCCUCUGCUAUGACAUUAGACAACUGUUGAUUUGAAUCAUAGUUCAGUGUACUGAGUAGCUGAACAGCAGUCUGGUAAUGAUUCAUUGAGAUGAGGUGUCCUUCCUUCUCCCUGAUUGGUCCACGGCCUGGUUGUACCAUUGCAGUGGCAUGGGGGGCAAUAGGAGCUCUUUCUAUCACAUUUUGAAGAGCUAAUUUGCCAUUUAUUAAUAAAUAACACUUUUGUUAUGAUUAUAUUUUAAGCCCUUAUUUAUUUUGUAAGGAUUCGUUGCUACAUUGUUGGUCAAUAGGUGUUUAUUUGGCACCCACCGAGAUCAAUUUACCUGGACUUUACCUGCGUGCACCUGCAGCCUACGUAAUGACAACUUUGACUUUCACUUUCUGUAGUUUUGGCGGUAGAUUCAGUUCAGUAUCAUGAUGGCGCACCGUGCAGUCUUACAUUUCCUUUGUGUGUUGGGAGUCUUUCAGAAAGGUCUAACCGCGCUGAUAGAAACCCAGCACACUGUGGAGGCAGCUGUAGGAGAUGAGGCCUACUUAAACUGUCACCUGAUGCAAUCUAGAGAUGUUGAGAAAGUCACAUGGCUGAAGAUUUUACCUGGGGGGGAGAAGAACCUUGCUGCUAGCCGCAAAGACUCUGGUCAACAAGUGAAUCCUGACUUUACAGAUAAAAUGGAGUUUAGAUAUGCUGGACUGCAGAACACCUCCAUAGUUAUCAGGAGGGUGAUGGAGGAGGAUGAAGGGUGCUAUCGCUGUAUGUUUAACACCUUCUCUGAAGGUGAUUUCAUUGCUACAACCUGCCUGAAGCUCUAUGAGCUGCAUGGACCCUUUCUUCACGUCACAGAAUCAACAGUUGUGUCCUGCUCAGCCACAGCUCGACCUGCUCCCACAGUAACAAUGACUGUCCCUCACUACGACUCUACCAGCGUCACCAACACCAACGGCACAGUCACUGUCACCACUACAGCUGGGCUGUCUCGUCUCCAUGGCAACAGCACACAGGUUGGAUGUGCAGUGAGAGUGCUCUCUGGUCCUCAGAUAGAGGUGUCUAUGAUGAUUCCUGAGGUCAAACAGUCGUCUGAUGAUGAUUUCACUUGGAACUUUCUGAUGAUCACGGCUGCCUUUGUUUGUGUUGCUGUUUUAAUCGUCAUCGCCGCGCUUACACAGAAACAUUGCAACCGUCUGCUACAGGGACUGAGGAGAACAAGAACGGAUGAAACAAUCAGAGACACUCCUGAGGUCCCAAACACUUUUAGUCAAGCAGAAGAACAAGCAGAUCAGACACCUGACACCUCCUGAGACAAAUCAGACAAGAAACAACCCAAAGCCGUCAUCUUCAGCGCAAUGACCAGCAACCGUGACCAGUGUUUCAUAAGAAUAUUACAAGAGUUGCUGUGUGAGCAGACAAAUAUGUGGUUUAUAAAGAGUUUACAGUUGAUCUUAAUUAAUCACAUGUAGAACUUUGAAGCAGUGAACUCAUUCAGAGUUAAAACAAGGAAGUGUCCUGUGAGGCGAUAGCACCAUCUAGUGUGCUUGUUGGAGAAAAAAAGAAAGGAGAGAGAGAAAUGUGGUUU